AGGCUGGAGCAGGAGAAGUACGAGCUGCGCCGGCGGCUGGAGUCGGAGGUGGCCGAGUGGGAGACGCGGGGGGCGGAGCUGGAGGGGGACCUGGCGGCCCUGCGAGCCCAGCUGGGCCACCAGCGGCUGGAGCAGCAGGACACCAGCCGGGAGAGCUCCCAAGUCGCGCAGGAGCUCUCAGAACAGAACCAGCGUCUGGCCGAGCAGCUAAGUCAGGCCUCCCAGCUGGAGCAGCGGCUGCAGGACGAGCUGAUGGCCUUGCGGGUUGAGAAUCGCACCCUGGGGAUGAGCAGCGCCGAGCACGCGGCCCGGACCCAGAGCCUGCAGGCCGAGAACCUGAUGCUGCAGGAGCGGAAGCAGGAGCUGGAGCGUCAGACCCGGCAGCUGCGGGAGGAGAUGGAGGCCGUGCAGGGGCUGGUGGAGACACUGCACGAAAACCUGCUGCUGCUGCGCCGGGAGGUGCACGAGAAGGAGCUGCAGGCCCAGCAGCUCCGGGCCGAGGCAGAGGAGCUCCGAGUCUCCAACAGGUGGCUCCAGCGCCGGGUGACGGAGAUGGCGGAUGAGAUUCGUCUCCACGACUCAGAUGCCUCAAUCGCCUCCCUGCAGUUGGAGAUUGAGCAGAGCGGCGAGGGGAGCCCGGAGCAGAACGGGGGGCCUGCUAAGCCCCUGGCCAGGACCGUCUCUGAGGCUGCCCCUGGGGGUCCGAAGACCCCAGCCCGGGGGUCGGAAGAGGAGGGCGAAUAUGCUAAAAGGGUCUUGGCUCUGACCCAACUGGAUCAAGACCUGCUGAGACAGAAAGAGGUAGAGAUACAAAACCUGCAUGACCAGGUGAGUGGGGUGGAGAGGAAGAGGGGUCAGGAGUGGAUACACGACACCAGCACCAAACAAAGGAAGCGGCCAAACCAUCUGGUUACUGAGGUGCCAAUGAGAGUAGUCUUUGGGUAA